AUGCCGGUCUCUACUAUUUGCUCUGAAUCCUCAAGAAACAGUAAUCUUCGCUUUCUGGAAUCCCCAACAACCUCAUCCCCAAGUCCCGUCUCAGUGCUUGAAACCCCAGUCUCAAUGCCAGCAACCCUAGGUUCAAAAUCUACACGACCUCUUUUGCCACAGCUCCUCAAAGAUUGGUCCCGAUGGGGUGGUUUAGGGCACAAAGGAUCAGCCCCGCAAAGAAAACUAGGAGCCUCUACCACCAGGGGACUGACCUCAGGCUCAAACGGCUCAGCCACCGCAAUGGAAACCGAGGUCGAAGCAGUAGCUGCCAUAGCCCCAUGA